AUGUCCUUGCUCCUAUGUACAAGGUCCCUAGACUGGGCCAUGCUGACCCUGAUGACAGUCCUAUCAAGUCUCUCCACCUCCCCAUCCUUUUCCAGCUCCAUGAUGGUCCUGCAGGUGCCUGAGGCCCUCUGGACACCAGCUCUGACAGUGUUACUGGUGGUGCUGAGCUAUCCCAUGGUCCAGGGCAGGGCUACUCCAGAGAAUUACGUGUACCAGGUAAGGUACGACUGCUACGCGUUGAACGGGACUCAGCGCUUCGUGAUGAGAGACAUCUAUAACCAGGAGGAGGACGUGCGAUUCGACAGCGACGCGGGGGAGUUCGUGGCGGUGACGGAGCUGGGGCGGCGGUCCGCCGAGCACUGGAACAGCCAGAAGGACCUCCUGGAGCGGAUGCGGACCGCAUUGGACACGAUGUGCAGGCACAACCACGAGCUGAACGAGAUCGGCCCCAUGAAGCGCCGAGUCCAGCCUAGAGUGACUGUCUCCCCCACCAAGAAGGGGCCCCUGGAACACCACAACCUGCUGGUCUGCCACGUGACAGAUUUCUAUCCAGGAGGCAUUCAAGUCCAGUGGUUCCGGAAUGGACAGGAGGAAACAGCUGGGGUUGUGUCCACCGACCUGAUCCGAAAUGGAGACUGGACCUUCCAAAUCCUGGUGAUGCUGGAAAUGAUCCCCCAUCAGGGGGAUGUCUACACCUGCCAUGUGGAGCAUUCCAGCCUGGACAGUCCUGUCACCGUGGAGUGGAAGGCACAGUCUGAUUCUUCCCAAAGCAAAAUGCUGACUGGAGUCGGGGGAUUUGUGCUGGGGUCCAUCAUCCUUGGAGUUGGCAUCUUCAUGCAUAAGAGAAGCAAGAAAGGUAAGGACCCCUCAAGAUGA